GAUCUAUCUUUAGAUUAUUCGUUGUUAAUUUUUCAAGUUUGAGAAUUUUUUUUGUCUAAUAUCGUUAGUUUUGUGUACAUCAGCAGCGGUCUCUUAGUUUUUCGAGUAGUAUCCCUAUAAAGAAGAGGCGAAUUCCGGUGUUCCAGCCUUGUUCUCCUCCCCGAGAAGAAAAGCCUUCAGCUUUGGAGGAUAGCGAUUCAAAGCACAAAGAAGAAUCUAAAGGUCAAGAUGGAGGAGGGAUGCCGUCAAGUGAGGCAAUGAAAUCUGAUUCUUUGGUUAACUCUGUGAAAAAGGAAGUUGGUCCAUUGAAGCUAGCUAAUGUGGAUGUUGCUGCAUCCAAGCCUGUGGAGGCAAAGCCCGGAAUUAGUUUAGGUCUUCAAGAUGAUUCAGGGAACAAAAAGGUCAUCGAGCAGAGUGAAAGAUCUUCAGCACAUGUGAAGCAGGAAAUUGUUGGUAGAAAAUUGAAGGUACCUUUGGACUUCAACGUUCUACUAAAAAAAUGAAUGUUGAAUUGUCAUUAGGACCACAAGAAUUGGUUGUUCAUACUUCGGAAAAUCAACAAAAGGAAGUUAAUUUCCAUAAAUCUGACAAAUUAGAAUCUUUGUUGAGUUUGGCUUUACAUGAGGAAAAGCUUGUUUCGCGUGACAAGAAAGAUAUAGCUGCUGACUCCAGCAAUCCAGUAUCUGCUAAUCGAUCAAAUUGGGAUUUGAACACGACUAUGGAUGUAUGGGAAGGUUCUACCUGUAGCGAUGCAUUUACUCAGGGGCUUGGUAAUAUUGGUGGGUUAAACAAGAGUGAUAGUCAUCGCGAUGAUAAAUCUUUGUUGACUCUUGCCAGUUUGACUCGUCCUGGUUUUAAUAAAGGAAAACAUAUAUUAGAUGGUCACACAUCCAGUUCUUUUAAGUUAUUAUCUCCACAACAGCGCAAGAUGGAUGAUUCACUUGGUCUUAGGCUCUCUAUGCCGUUUAUGGAUACCAGCAGGGUGCGCUCAUCUUUAUCUGAUGACUUAGACCUUACUAGUGCCAGUCCAAAUUUGAGUUCGAAACAGGUGCAACUACCCAUAGUGAAUGUGAGUAGGGCUGUGAAAACGGAACCUAUAGAUGAUAAUUCGAAACGUGACUGUAGCAUAGGUAGUUCCAGCAGUACCAAUAUGGAAUCUUCAAAGUUCAGUUCUGUUAAAAGAGAAUGUGCCAUUAACCACAGCUUACAGACAAUAUUGCAGUCAUCCCUAAGUCUUGAGAAAUUAGAUGACCGUAUACCGAUAAAGUCUGAAGUGGUUCAGGAUUGCAAGCAAGAAGUCUGCAAGUCAAUUGAUGCUACUACUCCACCUGUUACAAGAGUUAUGCAGCAUCAAGAGAGCUGUGCAUCCUCUUCUGCCAUGCCAGUUUCUUUGUUGCCUCAGAGUAUAUCUCCUGCACGGUUAACAACUUGUUCAGAGGUAACUAAAAAUAGAGAUUUUUUAAAUCAAUCUGAACAAUCCAUUCAUAGUAAGGAAUCUCAGAUCAGUGACAACAAGCCUGAUGAGCCAAAUGCUAUGCCUAUCAGGAAGGACAACAACCAAUUAAGAACGUCUCAGUUAGGGAGUUCGAGUGUUGUAGACGAGGGUAAGUGUGCAUUGGCUCGGAUUGAUGAACAUGCAGUUGAAUCAUUCCAAAAUGACAACACAUCUGAAAAUGGUGAGGUAGAUAUGGACAUAUUCAAUGAUACUCUUGAAGAAGAUUCCUCUGGGUCUGAUAAUGAUACUGAAUCUGAUCAAAUUCGUGCCGCUGGUACUGUUCAUCAAAAGGAAGAUGAAGAAUAUGAAGAUGGUGAGGUUCGAGAGCAUGUGCAACAUUCAGCUGAAGGAGCUCCUAUUGUUGAGGGAAAGGGCAAUGAUGAUUUAAAACUCGUCGCAUUUGAUUCUCAAAAUUUGCAGCCUGGUGAUCCUUCAGUCCGCCGAAUCAUGAGUAUAUCUGUAUUCAAGGAAAAAGAUGUUGUAGAGGAAAAUAUUGACGGAACUCAAGGUGACCCGACCAAUGAUCAUGUUGGUGCUUGUUGUGAGCCUGACAUUGAAGAUAACUCGUUGCAUGAGUCAUAUGAAGUGUCAGAAGUGGUUGCUGAAGAGAAAAUAGCAACCAGUGUCACUCUUGAUGGACAACUUGAUAUGUCAGUAGAAGAUAUGCUCGAAAGACGAGUCUCUUCUGAUAUUCCAACUGAUCGAAGCCAUGGGAUUGAUGUUGGAAUUGGCGGUGAGGCCAAGGUUGUUAGAGAAAGCUGCAUCCAUGAGGGUGAGGGUGAUUUGGCUUUGUCUGAUGUCGGAGCAUGUCUAGAUGGCCAUGAUGCCGCUAAGGAUUCCAACAAUGCUAGUAACAAGAGCCGCAUCAUAAAUUUAUCACGCCCUUUAGUUAUGGCAGCUCCUUUCAAAACAAAACACUAUUCAAAUAGGUCACAGACGACACGAAGUGGAAAAGAAAGAUAUUCUGAUUUUGAUGGAGAGAUGCAACCAAGAGGCAAUAGCAGAGACGAAUUCUAUACUGGCGGCUCAAACAAAUUUGUGAAAGAUAGGUCCUAUGAUCAAUCGGUCAGGAAUUCUAGACCAAAUUUCAUGCGUGGGAAAGGGAGAACCGGUGGCCGUUUUGGCUCGUUCCGUGGUGAAUGGGGUUCUGAUCACAACUUUGCGCCAGAAAGUUCUUAUGGCCAAUCUGAUUAUCGAGUCAUCAGGCGUAAACAUGCUUCAUCCAUGUCUGAUGCUGAUCUUGAACGUGGUGGCUAUAAUAUUCCACAAGAUAAUACCUCUUUUGGUGGUAACAGAAGGAAGACAAUGAAUGAUGAAUUUUCUUCACUACGCCGUGCAUCCUUGAGGAGAGUCUCUUCUGGCGAUAGAGAUGGUCCUGUUACAAGGGGCUUUCAGAUGAUUCACAGAAUCCCAAGAAAUACAAGUCCAAGACACUGUUCUGGUGAGGCUGGUUCCGAUAUGAUGGGACUUCGAAACGAUGAAAAGUUUAUGCAGCAUUUAUCUGAUGAUAUUGGUAAUCCUGUCUAUGCUCAACCACAAGCUUUGUAUGAAGAACUUGAUAAUCAGCUUGUGCGUGGGAACAGGAACUUCUCUACUAACCUGCAAAGAAAGGGCUAUCCUCGAAUUCACUCAAAAUCUCCAGUUAGAUCUCGAACACGUUCUCCUGGUCCGUGGUCAUCUCCUCGCAGGAGAUCUCCCAAUGGACUUCCAGAACUUGUUCAGCAUCAAUCUCCAGCAUUGUAUAGAAUGGGGAGGAUGAGAUCUCCCGACCAUGGCUGUUUUCAUGAUGACAUGGUUGCUAGAAGGCGUGGAUCUCCCUCCUAUGUUGCAAGGCAUGAUAAUGACAUGAGAGAAAUUGAUUCUGGAAGGGAGCACAUUCAUCCUAGGACUACUGAUUCUAAUAGGAGAGACUCGCCUGGACAUUUUUUUUCUAGAAAUACUAGGAGAGCUGAUGCAUUAGAUUCUAGAGAGAUGGGAGAUGGUGAAGAGUACUUGAAUGGGCAUCACAUUCCAAUAAGUUUCAUGAGCUUCGUGGUGGUGAUGGCAUCAUGGAUGAUAGAAGAAAGUUCAUAG